AGAGAGAGAGAGAGAGAGAGAGAGAGAGAGAGAGAGAAAGAAAGAGAGAGAGAGAGAGAGAGAGAGAGUCGCUCUGGCCGUGACCGGGCAAAACAUAGAGAGAAAUACACACAUUCUAGUUUUACUGAGAUAAACGCUCGAAGUGCAGCUUGUGGUGCAAACGAGGCGUUAGGUUUGCGUUCGCUUUUCUAUGCGCUAACGUCCGAGAGUAAAGCAGAGCAGCGCGAGCGUCUUUUGUCGGUGUAAACUUCUAAAUGAGUGCGGAUUUAAAUUAACAAUCCGGUUUGAAUGGAUUGCAUUUUUCGCCGCUCCCCCCUAGAAGAGGGACAAUCGGAGGAGCACACGGACUGGAAAUACUGCGAGGGAAGUUAAACAUUUUGUCAGAAAUCGCAUGACUUGCUUGUUAUUGUUUUUCUCUUUUUUUGGUGUAUUAACAUUUAUGCUAGUUUACGCUAACUAGCAUUGGCUAGCUCUAAACAGGGUAUUUGUUUUCUCUUAGAAACGGUUUGUUAUUUUUUCCGUUCAUAAUUUGGGCCUCCCUUGUUGUUGUUGUUGUUGUUGUUAUUAUUAUUAUUUUUGUGGAGCCCGGCUAAGAGUUUUUAAGCUCGCCGACCGUCGCCGCUCGCUCAAUCUCCCAUCAAAAGGCGCCGAGAUUGGGCGAAUAGCGAGCAAAUACGUCCGCGUUUCUCUGCCCGCGCCCCCGCCGGCCUCCCUCCCUCAUUCCCCGGCGCCGACCUCAGGAAAGCCCGAGGUCGCGUCAGCCCAGGCCCGGCCCGACCCGUGCAGCCCCGUUCCGUACCCGCAUCCUCCGGCUCCCCGGAGCCCUUUCGCUACGGAUCCCAACCCGGACAAGGGCGUGGGAAACCAAGACGACGACGGCAGCAACAACCGUGAGAUCACAAACAUGAACCAUCACCACCAUCAAACGCAGCAGCAGCAACAGAAAGCCGGCGAGCAGCAGCUCAGCGAGCCCGAGGAUAUGGAAAUGGAAGCCGGUGACACGGAUGAUCCCCCAAGAAUCCCUCAAAAUCCGGUUAUCAACGGGAAUGUGGCAAUGGCAGACGGACACAACAACACAGAAGAAGACAUGGAGGACGAUACAAGCUGGCGUUCCGAGGCCACUUUUCGCUUCGUGGUGGAGCGUUUCAGCCGGCUCAGCGAGUCGGUGCUCAGCCCGUCGUGUUUUGUAAGGAACCUGCCUUGGAAGAUCAUGGUCAUGCCUCGCUUCUAUCCCGACCGACCGCACCAGAAGAGCGUGGGCUUCUUCCUGCAGUGCAACGCCGAGUCUGACUCCACGUCAUGGUCAUGUCAUGCUCAAGCCAUGCUGAAAAUCAUCAACUACAAGGACGACGAGAAGUCAUUCAGCCGGCGCAUCAGCCACCUGUUCUUCCACAAAGAAAACGACUGGGGUUUCUCCAACUUCAUGUCAUGGAGCGACGUAACCGACCCGGAGAGAGGCUUUGUGGAAGACGAUAAAGUCACAUUUGAAGUUUCUGUCCAGGCCGAUGCCCCUCAUGGCGUAGCGUGGGAUUCAAAGAAACAUACUGGAUAUGUAGGGUUAAAGAACCAAGGAGCUACGUGCUACAUGAACAGUCUGCUGCAAACACUCUUCUUCACCAACCAGCUCCGGCGGGCGGUUUACAUGAUGCCCACUGAGGGUGACGACUCCUCCAAAAGUGUUCCCCUGGCACUGCAGAGGGUCUUCUAUGAGCUCCAGCACAGCGACAAACCCGUCGGCACAAAGAAACUGACCAAGUCUUUUGGGUGGGAGACACUGGACAGCUUCAUGCAGCACGAUGUCCAGGAGCUGUGCAGAGUGCUUUUGGACAACGUCGAGAAUAAGAUGAAGGGGACGUGUGUGGAAGGAACCAUCCCGAAGCUCUUCAGAGGAAAGAUGGUGUCCUACAUCCAGUGUAAGCACGUGGAUUAUAGAUCUGAGCGAAUAGAGGAUUACUACGACAUCCAGCUCAGCAUAAAGGGAAAGAAAAACAUCUUUGAGUCAUUUAAAGAUUAUGUGGCGGUGGAGCAGCUCGACGGGGAUAACAAGUACGAUGCGGGGGAGCACGGCCUACAGGAAGCUGAGAAGGGAGUGAAGUUCCUCACUUUUCCUCCCAUCCUGCACUUACAGCUCAUGAGGUUCAUGUACGACCCCCAGACCGACCAAAAUAUUAAGAUCAAUGACAGGUUCGAGUUUCCCGAUCAGUUACCACUGGACGAGUUCCUGCAGAAGCCAGAUGUGAAGGACCCGGCCAACUACAUCCUGCACGCCGUGUUGGUGCACAGUGGAGACAACCACGGCGGCCACUACGUCGUCUAUCUCAACCCUAAAGGAGACGGCAAAGUGAGUGUCACGGAGCCAAUAUGGUGCAAGUUCGACGACGAUGUCGUUUCCCGAUGCACUAAAGAAGAGGCCAUCGAGCACAACUACGGCGGCCACGACGACGACCUCUCCGUGCGCCACUGCACCAACGCCUACAUGUUGGUCUACAUCCGAGAGUCCAAGCUCAGCGAGGUACUGCAGCCAGUCACAGACAUGGACAUCCCUCAGCAGCUGGUGGAGAGACUGCAGGAGGAGAAACGGGUGGAGGCACAGAAGCGGAAGGAGCGCCAGGAAGCUCAUCUCUACAUGCAAGUGCAGAUGGUGACAGAGGACCAGUUCUGCGGGCACCAGGGCAACGACAUGUACGAUGAGGAGAAAGUGAAGUACACGGUGUUCAAGGUGCUGAAGAGCUCCACCUUGGCCGAGUUUGUGCAGAACCUCAGUCAGACCAUGGGUUUCCCACAGGACCAGAUGCGGCUGUGGCCCAUGCAGGCCAGGAGUAACGGCACCAAGCGGCCGGCCAUGUUGGACUAUGAAGCAGACUGCAACAAGUCUAUGAUUGACUUGAGCGACAACGAGAACCCCUGGACAAUAUUUCUGGAAACAGUAGAUCCGGAGAUGGCUGCCAGUGGCGCAACGUUACCCAAGUUCGACAAAGACCAUGAUGUCAUGUUGUUCUUGAAGAUGUACGACCCAAAAACCAGAAGCUUAAAUUAUUGUGGACAUAUCUACACACCUAUAUCCUGUAAAAUACGAGACUUGCUGCCUGUCAUGUGUGAAAGAGCAGGGUUUCAGCAGGGAACUAGUCUUAUCCUCUAUGAGGAAGUUAAACCGAAUUUAACGGAGCGGAUACAGGACUACGACGUCUCCCUGGAUAAAGCUCUGGAUGAGCUCAUGGACGGAGACAUUAUCGUGUUCCAGAAGGAUGACCCAGAAAACGACACCAGUGAGCUGCCAACGGCAAAAGACUACUUCAGAGACCUGUACCACCGCGUGGACGUCAUCUUCUGUGACAAAACAAUCCAUAACGACCCUGGCUUCGUUGUUACACUAUCCAACAGAAUGAACUACUUCCAGGUGGCGAAGACUGUUGCACAGAGGUUAAACACUGACCCCAUGCUCCUACAGUUCUUCAAGUCACAAGGGUACAGGGACGGCCCGGGCAACCCACUCAGGCACAACUACGAGGGAACUCUCCGAGACCUGCUGCAGUUCUUCAAACCACGGCAGCCCAAGAAGCUCUACUACCAACAGCUCAAGAUGAAGAUCACAGACUUUGAAAACCGGAGGAGUUUCAAGUCCAUAUGGCUCAACAGUCAGUUUCGGGAGGAGGAGAUCACACUAUACCCAGACAAGCAUGGCUGUGUUCGAGACCUUCUCGAGGAAUGUAAAAAGGCUGUGGAGCUCUCAGACAAAGGCUCAGAGAAGCUCAGGCUGUUAGAAAUCGUAAGCUACAAAAUUAUUGGCGUUCACCAAGAGGACGAACUGCUAGAAUGUUUAUCUCCCGCAGCCAGUCGGACGUUCAGAAUAGAGGAAAUCCCUCUGGACCAGGUCGACUUGGAUAAGGAGAACGAGAUGCUGAUUCCAGUUGCACAUUUCCAUAAGGAGGUCUUCGGGACGUUUGGAAUUCCGUUCUUGCUAAAGAUUCGUCAGGCCGAGCCCUUCAGAGAGGUGAUGAAGAGGAUCCAGAGCAUGCUGGACAUCCAGGAGAAGGAGUUUGAAAAGUUUAAGUUUGCGAUCGUGAUGAUGGGCCGGCACCAGUACAUCAACGAGGACGACUACGAAGUGAAUCUGAAGGACUUCGAGCCACAGCCAGGAAACAUGUCCCACCCGAGACCUUGGUUAGGGCUCGACCACUUCAACAAAGCGCCGAAGCGAGGGCGCUACACAUACCUGGAGAAGGCUAUCAAGAUCCACAACUGACGCGCUGUCUUUCUCUCCACCCUAAUCCCCCUUCCCUUAUUAAAGACUCUAACCAGAAGUUGUGUGUGAGUGUGUGCACCACUUUUUACCACCUGCCCUGCGGUUACACAGGCCCCGCCUAUGAAGUCUUCAGCAAACCAGAGUUCCUGCUCAUCUUCUUUCCCCCCCCUUUCCCUUUGGAAAGCUCUUCGAUUCGACAGUCGCCUGCCUGUUUUUGUCUGGGAGAAUGAAUUGAAUUUUAACAAACGGGGGAACGGUAUGGACUUUCUAGACAGGUGUAUUUUUUUUUCUUUCCUGUUUUUGGUUUUGUUUUCCUUUUAAUUUUUGGUUUUAAAGAGUUGUUGAGAAAUUGAAGAACUGGCAAGAAAGCUGCUGCGUGCGUAGGGAGGGAGGAGGAUGGAAAGAAAAGUUUGGCCAUUUACCAAAAAGAAAAGAAAAAUAAGACAAGCAGAUGGAUGUCGAAUAUUUAACCAACCUUUAACCAAAAAGGACAUCAUCACUGGAGGCUAAAGCUUGCUGAUAACUGAAGCAGUUCCGUGUUUUCUCAUCCCUUAGCGCAAAACUAGUCUCUCUUUUGUUUGUUUUUGUUUACACAAUUCACACUUAGUUAUGAAAUCAGUCAUGGAACACCUGUAUGAUUAAAAAAAAUAAAUAAAGAUCCGCAUCAUCGUUUUAAGAACAAACGACAAACGAAAAGAAUCGUCUGUACUUCAUUUUUGCACGUUGGCACUUAAUAUCAAAGGUUCUACAUUUCUCCGCAGAGGUAAAUGUAAUCUUUGGUCGUGUUCCGGCCCCCGAGGCCCCCCGUGUGUUCCUUUUCUCUCUCUUUCUCUCCCUCAGACGACCCUCUUGCGCUUUCCCUUUCUCCGUUUUUUUUCCCUUUCGUUUCUCUGUUGUUUUUGCCGUGGGAUCGGAGGCGUUGUUCCACGUUCGUCCUACGUUAGCAGGAGGCUGCAGACUUUCGCUAGACUGGUUCAGGAUGUAGAGAAACCAGCAUUAAAACGAACCAUUAUUGGGGUUUUUUUGUUUUGGUUUUGUUUAGUUUUGUUCCUUCCCUUCCCCCCGUUUUUUUGUUUUUCCAGCACGGAAGGAGGCGUGCUCCCGAGUGCGUAGUCUGCUUUGUAAAGACAAAACAUUUAAAAUUGUAUAUUUAAAAAGAAUGGACAUGUAAAAUUAAAGACACACUUUUGUUGGGUACAGAUCGAUUCAGAUGUUCAUAUUCAUUGUGUGUAGUUUUAUUUUGGACACCAUUUUAUUCUCUCUUUCCAUUUUUUUGUUUUUUUUUCUUUUGGCUCAACUACUUGCUACCGUUCGUUUUAAGUGCAGAUGCGGAUUCCAUCUUUUGAUUCCGAUUCCCUCCCUGGUCUCUAAUUCCUCCGUGUAGCAGCAGUGUACAACAACUAUUCCUGUAUAUUGCCUUUUUGCUGAAAAAUGUAUGUUGAAUAAAAUUUUCUAUAAAAGCUACUGCAA